AUGGCCGAUGCCUCAUAUACUUUCUUAAAGUAUGCCACUGCCCACAGGGACCAGCUGAAAUUUAUCCUGAAAACGGAAAUCACCACCCUCAGUCUCAAGUCGUUCUUGGAGUAUCACGACUACACAGACCCCGAGGAAGCCCUCAUCCAGUACCUUGGAAAGAAAGAACUCUACGCCACUACCCGAGCAAGCUUGAAAUACUU